AUGGUACAAGUAAACUGGCUAGCUGACCUGCGUGGACCUGAGGACGAGGACCAGCAGAAGUUACUCACUGGUUUGCUUAGAUAUUGCCUGGAAAACAUGGAGUUGCUAGCUGAAGAUAUAAAAUUUAUUACUGAUGAGACAUUAGAUUUUGGAUUGACUUCUCCGUCUGAUGGACUAGAAGAGGAGGACUUUGUCACUCACCCCAGUGAGCCCAGUGAAAGGAGCUUGGCACAACCCAUUGACAUGAACACCUUGUUGGGAGAGAGUGGGAGCAAGGCCAGAGAGCAGUGGAGCCCCCUGAGCCCUGAGAAGCUGGAGGAGGUCAGGAAGGAAGCCAAUAUGCUGGCUGCACAGAUGGAGAAAUGUACACUUCUGGAGAAGGAGAAUGCCAGUGCUGACUUGAGGCCCGAGAAGGUUCCAGGACUUGAACCUUUCUCCCCAAUCAGAUUUUUGCACACAGAGAAUGAAGGGACCAGGAAGUCCAGACGGAAGACUUUCAAUGUGAAUAACAGCCCUCUGAUAGCACUGCUGCCAACAGUGGGACCUGAAACUUACAUGACUCGAGAUUCGCCCAGAGUUCGGUUUCUGAAGGGGCAAAGUCCUACUUGUCAUGUUACAAACACCCCCAUUUCCAAGAAACUCCCAAAUAAAACUAACGGCUGCAGUGCUCACAGUCAGCUCUUUAAAAAAUCCAGGCCCAGCAAGUCUCCCAUUGUCUCACCUACAGUGAUGCCUCACAGCGUUAAGAAGUCUCAGGCACCUAAUAGAAACAUUAGGAAGAGUAGACCAUCUCCACUUACCCACUCUGGAACCGCCGAAAAUCAAAACUUGCCACUAGAUUUCAGACCUGCCCUUCAAACUACAAAGAGGGGACUUUUGAGGAAGAUGGAGGACAUUUCUGGCCAAGCCUCUUCUGUGCAAGGCCCACAGUUGAAACUUCAGGAUUCACCCUGUGCAGAUACAAUGCCAGAAGUACAUGGAAAAGGAAAGCUGAAACCCAGGGUGUAUCCAUCACAAACUCUCUCUGGGAAGAAGUCGUGUCCCGUUCAAGAAAAGGUUCCUCUUCAGAAGACUAAUGCAAGACAGGCUAAAACUAUAGGAGGCAAUGUCCCACACCCACGAGCUGGCUCCAAGCCUCCCCACAACAGCUCUGGCCAGACUCGAACCAGGAGCAGUCCCGUCUCUGCACUUGCAACCAAACUCCCUGUGCCAAAAUCCACUACAAAAACAACCAGCCCUAUCACUGCUUCAGGAAGGCACGCGGUCCCAGGGAGGCCCAGCCAGCUCAAGCCACUGAGUUCUGGGUUAUCUGGUGGGAAGGGAUCCACUGUGUCAACCCUAGCUGGGAAGAAAGCAUCUGCCUUUAAGCAGACUCUCCCUUCUGGAACCUCUCAGAGCAGCAGGCUGCAGCUGCCCAAGAAGGCAAUCUCUGGCUCUUCACGGUGA